CUUCUCCUCUGACGUUGCCGAUAAUUAAAUAGUAAUCGCAUGGCAGUUCAAAGCAUUGGUUUUGUCAUAGUCUGUACUGAUUAAUUACUGCUUAAUUUUAGUUUUCGUCGUCAGUGAAGAUUAGUUUAAAACACAAUAUUAACAAAAUAUAGUUGCCGCUUUAAUUCCUGUUUACACGCGAUUACGGACCUGUUGUCUGCUGUGCUUAGGAAAAUCUUUGUUUUUGCGCUGUUCAUAACCUCAAACGCUUUGUUUAUAAACGUGCAGGAAAAAUAAGUGAGGAAAACAACCGUAGGAGCUGUGUUUCUAAGUGAUUUCACCUCUUAUUAGGCGGAUUCUCAGUGAGGUGAGGCCAGAGAUGGAGGAAUGUUCAUUCACCAGCUGGUACCCCAGGUUUUCGAGGCACAGCGUCGAGUCUAUAGCGAUCCCCAUCCAGAACGACGUUCUGACGUACCUCCGCGAGGGAACCCUCAUCCUGCCCAAGGAGGCGGUGCCGCCACCCAGGCAGCGCAGUUCCAGCUCCUCCGACUGGAGCGACUCAGACGCUGAUUCUGACGAGGCUGAGCAACCGUCUUUCCCCGCGUUCAGCGCACAGUUGAAGGAUGCGAUGAACCAACUGGGAGGCGAGGUGUUUAUCAAAACCAACUGGAGCGCUCCGAAGGAUGCAAAAUGGAUAGCAACGAAUAAGUCGCUUAAAUGUCGGAGACUGGAAGAAAUAUAUUUACUGCUCAAAAGUUCCGACUUUGUUGCCAACGAUCUCAGCUAUCAACUUGAGGAUGGACAAAGCAGCGGUGGCAGUGGUUAUUACGUAGUGCUAAAGCAGUGGAAAGACAUCCAUCCAGGAACGGAAUACAGAUGCUUCGUUAUCCAAAACCAGCUGAUCGCAAUUUCACAGCGAGACUGUACUUCGUACUAUGAGCACAUUCAAAAAUUGAAGUUCGAAAUACUGGACGAUUUAGUCCAGUUUUACAGAAGAAAUAUACAUAAGAAGGCACCACUGGAAACUUACACGCUGGACGUGGUGCGAGAGGGCCGCGGCAGGGUGACGCUGCUGGACGUGGGCCCGCUGACCGAGCGGUCGGCCAAGACGCCGCUGUUCACGUGGCCGGAGCUGCAGGAGCUGCUGGCCGCGCGCUCGCCCCCGCAGCCGGCGUCUGCGGGCGGCGCCGAGGCGGCGGCGGCGUCUGGGGCGGCGGAGACGCCCGCCUUCGACCCCGAGUUCCGCUUCCUGGGCGAGGACCCUGGACUGCAGCCCAACCAGUGCCAGCACUUCGGCGUUCCUUUCGAGGUGUCUGACCUGUGCAGCAUGCAGGAGUCCAUGUCCAUCAUCGAGCACAUUACCGAGGCUGUCAGGCAACAGAACGGCCGCACUGAAGAAAGCUGAGCGAUGAAUUGCGAGCGAGGGGGAUCUGUCGAUAUUAUAAACUGUGAGGAGAGAAAACCUAAUGAACGUUGUAUUAUAUGGUCAAUUAAUUUUGUGGUAUUACAUGUGGCUAAGGUUUCUAAUGUUACCAGAUUCACUGUGAGAGAAAAAUAUAAUAAUUAUCUGGAAGAAUGUUUCAUUUAAAAGCCUGCACGUUAAAUAGUCUUGAAAUGAAUUAUAUAAAGAUUAUUUCCGUUA